CCUAUAAAAGCAGCCAAAGCCUGUGUGUUUUAGGUAUAUCAGAUAUCAGUUUCAAGAACCUUCUUUUAAGACAUGGAAGAGGGUCUCUUGUUGAAGCCAAAAGGAGAAGAAAAGGGUUCUUUAGAAACCAUAACAUGGAGUGUGUUGGCAAAAGAGAUUAAGGGUGUUGGUUAUUUAGCACUGCCUAUGAUAACUGUCAACUUAUCUACCUAUUUUCUUCAGAUAAUUUCAAUUAUGAUGGUUGGUCAUUUGGGAAAGCUUGCUCUCUCUAGCACAGCUAUUGCUACCUCUCUUUGUGCUGUCUCUGGCUUCAGUGUUAUUUUUGGAAUGUCAUGUGCAUUGGAAACUCUAGGUGGUCAAGCCUAUGGAGCAAAGCAAUAUAGAAGAUUUGGUGUUCAAAUCUACACUUCUAUUGUAGCUUUGAGUCUAGCUUGUGUUCCUCUCUCUCUUUUAUGGAUCUGCUUGGGGAAAAUAAUGGUUUUGUGUGGCCAAGACCCUUUGAUUUCACAAGAAGCUGGAAAAUUUGCUGUGUGCCUUAUUCCUGCUCUAUUUGCUUAUGCUUCACUUCACACCCUCAUUCGUUACUUUUUGAUGCAGAGUUUGAUCUUUCCUCUUGUUAUGAGUUCUUGUGUCACUUUUUUCUUCCACGUAGCUUUCUGUUGGAUACUUGUUUUUCAGUUCCAACUAGGUAACUUAGGAGCAGCAUUUUCGCUUGGCAUUUCAUAUUGGUUGAAUGUGAUUUUGCUUGGACUAUAUAUGAAAUUCUCUGCUCAGUGUGAAAAGACUCGUGCUCCAAUCUCCAUGGACCUAUUCCAUGGGCUUGGAGAGUUCUUAUGCUAUGCCGUUCCAUCUGCUGGAAUGAUUUGCCUUGAAUGGUGGUCAUUUGAGCUUCUCACUUUGCUUUCUGGGCUUCUACCAAAUCCAGAGCUUGAAGCUUCAGUUCUGUCCAUAUGUUACUCAAUCACCACAACAAUCUAUACAAUGCCAGAAGCAAUUGGUUCAGCAUCAAGCACUAGAGUUUCAAAUGCAUUGGGAGCUGGAAGUCCAGGAGAAGCACGAGUGGCAGUCGUAGCUGCCAUGACUCUUGCAGGCUCACAGGCUCUUUUGGUGAGCUCAAUCAUUUUUGGGUGCCGAAAUAUUAUAGGUUAUGUUUUUAGCUAUGAACAGGAUGUGUUGGAUUAUGUCACGGAUAUGGCUCCCUUAAUAUGUGUCUCUAUUAUAUUAGACACUUUACAUGGUACUCUUUCAGGUAUUGCUAGAGGAUGUGGUUGGCAGCAAUUAGGAACAUAUGUGAACCUUGGAGCUUAUUAUAUUUUAGGAAUUCCACUUGCUGCUAUAUUAGGUUUUUGGGUACAGUUGAGAGGCAAAGGCUUGUGGAUUGGAAUAAUGAGCGGUGCCUUCUGCCAAACAAUUCUACUUUCUCUCAUUACAAGUUGUACAAAUUGGGAAAAACAGGCAUUAAAGGCAAGAGAAAGAGUAUUUGAAGGAAGAUUUUUUGUGGAACAUGCAUUAGUGUGAAAGAUUAAAUUGGAGCAAAUAGAAUAAAUUCUUUGAAGCUAUAUCAUUGUCUAUUUAGUACUUAAUCAAUAUUAAAUGUUUCAGUUUAUAUUUACUAUGAAAAUGUGUUAGCGUAAUUAUCAUGUAUGUAUCCAAAGUAGUUAUUAUUAUUAUUAUUAUUAUUAUUAUUAUUA